AUGGCGCUAGAAGAGGCAUCUGAGACCCCGCGGCGAGCAACCCGCGAGGAGAUGCGAGAUGCGAAGCUUCCCUUAGCAUAUCGAGACAGCUGUGGCCAUCUUCUGAUCCCCCUCAACCGGUGCCGCUUCGAAACAUACUACAUGCCGUGGAAGUGCGAGGACGAGAGACACAGCUACGAAAAGUGCCAAUACGUCGAGUUUAAGAAGCGAGUCGCCAAGAUGAACGAGCUCAGGGAAGCCAAGGGUGGUGCUCGGAGCAACUGA